AUGGCUCGUAUGAGGGAGACUGUGGUUGAGCACUGGCCUGUGUUUGCGCUGGCUCCCACGGGCCCCCCGGCCCAGUCCAACGAAGCGUUAGCAUCUCUGCCUCAUCUGCCCUUCACACGCCGCUGCCAUUCAACUCUUCAACUUCUAUUAGCCUGCUCCGAUGACCUCUCUCCGGCCCCCCCCGCCCCGGCUGCCCCCUCCAGCACGUCUGCGAUUCGCCCCGCGUUCGCCCGGGCCGGGCUGCUCCCCGAGAGCAGUGACUACAGUGAGGUUCUGCCAGACUCAUUCCCCUCGGCCCCUGCGGAGCCUCUGCCGGAGUUCCAGAGUGAACCAGAAGAUGCCUUCAUUGUGAAGAACCGGCCUGUAAAGCUCUCCUGCAAGGCCGCUCCAGCCACACAGAUCUACUUCAAAUGCAACGGAGAAUGGGUCAACCAGAAUGACCAUGUGACCAAGGAGAGUCUGGACCAGAUCACUGGUCUGGUGGUGAGAGAGGUGGACAUCUCGGUGUCGAGGACACAGGUGGAGGAGUUGUUCGGACUGGAGGAUUACUGGUGCCAGUGUGUGGCCUGGAGCUCUGCUGGCACCACCAAGAGUCGCCGUGCAUAUGUCCGCAUCGCUUACCUGCGUAAGAACUUCGAGCAGGAACCCCUGGGAAGAGAAGUGCAUCUGGAACAGGAAGUUUUGCUUCAGUGUCGCCCGCCCGAGGGCAUCCCACCUGCCGAGGUAGACUGGCUGAAGAAUGAGGAACUUAUUGAUCCAGCGCUGGACUCCAACUUCCUCGUGACAAUUGAUCACGACCUCAUCAUCAAACAGGCCCGCCUCUCUGACACGGCCAACUAUACCUGUGUGGCCCGUAAUGUGGUUGCCAAGCGACGCAGCAGUACAGCCACUCUCAUCGUUUAUGUGAGUGGUGGCUGGUCGUCCUGGACAGAGUGGUCAGAGUGCAAUGCAAAAUGUGGGCGGGGCUGGCAGCGACGGACGCGCAGCUGCACCAAUCCCGCGCCUCUCAAUGGAGGAGCCUUUUGUGAGGGCCUGGCCUUUCAAAGAGUCACCUGCACAACCCUCUGUCCAGUGGACGGGGGCUGGACUGAAUGGGCAAAGUGGUCGGCCUGUGGGACGGAGUGUACGCACUGGCGCAGCCGUGAGUGUCAGGCCCCGCCCCCUCGUAACGGCGGGCGACACUGCAGCGGGAGCAUGAUGGAGAGCAAGAACUGCACUGAGGGACUGUGUGCACGCAAUAAAAAGAUUUCUGUUGAACAUGCCAGCCAUCCACUGGACUCAGGGAUGGGUGUGGCUGUCUAUGCUGGCCUGGUGGGGGCGCUGUUGCUGUGUGUCAUAUUGGUUCUGUGUGUGGGGCUUUUGGCGUAUCGCCGUAACCGCCGCCACGUUCAGGGUGACAUCACAGACUCUUCAUCUGCUCUCACUGCUGCCUUCCACCCCGGGAACUACAAACCCCCCCGACAAGAUAACCCCCACUUGCUCCACCCCUCCGCACCUCCUGACCUCACGGCCACGGCCGGAACUUUCCGCGGACCCCUCUUCUCCUUACAGCAGAGCACCCUGGACUCCCACCAUAAGAUUCCCAUGACCACCUCCCCCCUCCUGGACCCUCUGCCCAGUCUGAAGAUUAAAGUCUAUAACUCCUCCACCAUGUCCUCUCUGGAGCUGCCCUCUGGACCCGGCUCCACGGACGGAGAAAUCCUCAGUCUGAAGACGGUCGGAACCGGACCUCAGAACCACCACGGCCACACGCUGCCCCGCGAACCGGGGUACAGCGCCAGUGCCACACUGGGCUGCCUGGGGGGUCGCCUCACUAUCCCCAACACAGGUGUGAGUCUCUUGGUACCUGCAGGGACGAUUCCACAGGGGAAAUUCUAUGAGAUGUACCUUAUCAUCAACAAGUGGGAAAAAACGACGCUGCCGUCGGAGGGCAGUCAGACGGUUCUGAGUCCCGUGGUGAGCUGCGGACCGUCAGGCAUGCUGCUGAGCAGACCCGUGGUUCUGACACUCCCCCACUGCGCACAGCUGGAACCACCCGACUGGACCCUCACCCUAAAAACACAAACCCACCAGGGAGCAUGGGAGGAGGUGCUGACAGUGGGAGAGGAGAGCUUGUCCUCGCCCUGUUACAUGCAGGUGGAGGAGCAGAGCUGCCAUAUUCUGAUGGAGCAGCUGGGUACCUACGGGCUGGUGGGGCAGUCCGCUCCACCUCAGCCCGCCUGCAAGCGCCUGCAGCUGGCCCUGUUUGCUCCACGAGCCCCCUGUCUGUCGCUGGACUACAGCCUGCGUGUCUACUGCAUCCACGACACGCCACACGCCCUGAAGGAAGUAUUAGAGAUGGAACGUAGCCUUGGUGGGGUUUUGUUGGAGGACCCUAAGCCCCUCCUCUUUAAGGACAGCUACCACAACCUGCGCCUGUCAAUCCACGACAUUCCGCACUCUCAUUGGAGGAGCAAAUUGCUUGCCAAGUAUCAGGAGAUCCCUUUCUAUCACAUCUGGAGUGGGAGCCAGCGUCCUCUGUAUUGCACCUUCAGUCUGGAGAGAGGCAGUCUGGCUGUGUCUCAGCUCAGCUGCAAAGUGUGUGUCAGACAAGUAGAGGGAGAGGGACAGAUAUUCCAGCUGCACACAGAUAUUCAGGAGACACUGCCCCCCCACUCCCCUCUGCCCACUGCGGGCACCUGCCUGCCCUCCUCGCAGGUCGGCCCUUACGCCUUCCGUCUGCCUGCCUCCAUACGCCAAAAGAUCUGUGCCAGUCUGGAUGCCCCCAGUGCCCGAGGCUGUGACUGGAGACUGCUGGCUCACAGCCUGGGCUUCGACAGGUACCUGAACUACUUUGCCACAAAGCCCAGUCCCACAGGUGUGCUGCUGGACCUGUGGGAAGCAUGUCACCAGGGUGACGCAGACCUGGUCUCCUUGGCGACCGCGCUCGAGGAGAUGGGCAAAAGCGAAGUCUUGGUCGUCAUGACGACAGAUGGAGAUUGCUGA